GGCUAUCCCCCUCUGAGUUCUUGACUUGAUUCUCCUGUUAUUGUCCUGCAAACCCACAUCCCUACAAAGCGGGAAAGUGUGCCUGGGAGAGGCCAUGUGAGUGGCGAGCCAGCCCAAAGCCAGGCGUCCAGGGUCUCCCUCACCUGAAGCUGACUUUUUCCCCAUCUUGGACAGAGGGCGGGAGAUGCCAUCCCCACUGAACCCAGUGCUUUCACCAGCCAUAUUAGCUCCCACCCACCCCCGCCGUGGAAGCCUCGGCUGUCACACCUGCAGGGCCGGGGCGUGCAUGGCCUCAGGGAUGGCCUGUUCAGCUGCUGAGUGACUCGGGUCCGGUGCCUCACCACCUGCUGAGCUCUGUGUGCUUUCUGGGCACUUCUGCUCAUUGCCUUUGGGCUCAGUGAAGAGUCUGGAGUUUAUGUGGAGUGAGGUGGUCGGGUCUUGGUGAGAUCUGAGCAGGGUCUGCGUCACACACACCCCAGCUCUCCCGACGGGUCUCUGCACUCGCUGUUGCCUCCGCCUGGAAGUCUUCCUCCUGGUGUCAUCGUCUCCGUGGUGCAUCCUUCCUGAUGUUCCACCUCCACCAGGGACUGGUCACUCAUGUUCAUCCGGCAGACCGGACACUUCGUGGAGGACUCCAAAGCUGGCACAUUCCAGGGCCUCCUCUGUCUCUUCCAGGCCCUGUGUGUUGCGGUGAGAGGAGCAUUUGUGUCUCUGUGGUUUGCUGCUGGAGCUAGUGACCUGGAGAGAAACAAGGGAGAAGGGUGUCCAGACAGGUGUGGGGAGGCAGAAGAUGUGGAUGUGUCCCGGGCAGCGCCACCAGGCACUCUGUGUGGCACUGGGAACAGGAAUUCUGAGAGUCAGUCUGUAGGGGUGGCGGGCAUUGCUCCCCUGGGAGAAGCCUUUCCACUGGGCAUUGAGCAGGCCGUUAGCUCGUGCCCUGAGAAGGUGCAUGGGUGGCCUGGGGUCUCCACGGAAAUUACGUGGGCGCGCAUGGGUGUGGCUCUGCAUUCACGUGGGCGAGGACUUCUGACCGGUGCCGGGGCACUCUGCAUGACCCUGGCAGAAUCAGGCUGCCCGAACUGUGGAAGGGGAAGAAGAGCAUGCCUGAUCCCCCACCGGCACCGCGCCCCUCACUGCUCCAUCUGGGUGCCUCUGGGGGUGGCUGGGUCCUGGCUGACUGUGGUGACAGUUGAGGCCAGGGGUGGGUGGGGCAUGGGAGUUAAGAGGACUGGCCAGGUGGGGCACACCGUGUGCCCACCCCCAGUGUCAGGAACUUCCCCCUCCGUCCACCCCCUCGUCCUCUUCCUCCUCAUCAUCCUCACUUGUUGA